AUGAUGUGCGAACAGCCCGGAUCUCAGCAGCAGCAGCAGCAGCAGCAGCAACAGCAGCAGCAGCCGCCGCAGCAGCCGCCGCAGCAGCAAGAAAGCGGCAACAAUGGACAACAACAGACUUGUGCAAACUGCGGAGCCCAGUCAGGAAACAACUAUCCCCAGUACCAUCAAACCUACGUCGUUCCCGCAUCUCAACCGAACAUUGAACGAGACUUCUAUCACCGCUCCGUGGUCACCAUUCAGUCGCAGCAACGCCAAUGGCCCCAGGACAUCUGGUUUCAUAGUCCUACCCAGCGUGUGCUCUACCAUCCUACCUUGGCAUGGGACAACAACAUGCCUGUAGAUCUACCACAGGAUGAGGACUUUAUUCCUCCUACCGAACCAAGCACACGUGGAAAUGAGACCAAUGGUUCUUCCACCUGA